CGCCAUCCCAUGAUACCAUCAUCACCACGGUUACGUCGGUACAAAGCAGAGGACUGGAAGACAGAUAGGUGUCAGGGAUCUCCGUAUCCCCGGUGACGGUAAACAGAUCCAUCAAGUGUGACUUACACUCAGGUGAAAUUGGAGCUUCACAGAGAAAGGCAGAGCAAAAGCUAUACACAGGCCUACACACAAACACAAGCUACAAACACACACACAAACACACACGCUUGGCAAAGAUGGCAACCAAUGUCGAGGAAUCAAAACCCAUCAAUUUUGUGAGUCAAGAUGAAAUCUGGAAGACACGUCUUAAGGUCGAGAAAGAGUCAUCCAAAAUCUGGCCUCAUAAGUGGGGCUUUCUCUCAGAAGUCUAUAUAGAGAGCCAGAGGAAGGGGGCGGGACUGAGGGAGGCGGCCGGGGAGCUGGACCUCCCACCUCAUCUGAGGGCACGCCCCCCGACCCCCGCCGAAAAAUACAUCCAUGUAAGCCCCUCCCCUCCUGUACCCCAGACAACUCAGGCUUUGAUUGGCUGGAGGUCUUCCCAGCCACAUCUCCAGCUAGAGGUCUAUGGCAAGGAGACCCAUGGGAGGCGGAGCUUCCUGAAGGAACUGGGCUGGACCCUAGAAUCUUGCACCUGAUUGGAUAACUGACCUCAUGGACAUGGACCCGGAGUGCUGUGGGAUCCAGUCAAAAUGCUGAAUGUAGAUUGUAGAUUAAAUAUUUCAGUUUGAUCCACCACUAAA